AUGUCGAGUGAUCGAGAAAAAAAGGGGCUGGACUUCAUUGUCGGCCUACUGCGACGGGACUGGUCCAGAGAGUUACGAAAAUACUGCCCUGUCACGGCUAUCCAUAGCCUGGGCCGCAACACCAUCAACUGGGUCUACCGCGCCGAUCUGGCUCUUUCUCCCCAGAGCCAGGGCCAGGCAAGCAACGCAGGGCCCCGCCGCCACGGCACCGAAGCGCUGCCGGCCGACCAAGCCGCCGUCGUCGUGCGCAUCUCCGACCCGCAGGCCCUGGUCAACGAGGCCGUGCGAGUCGAGAACGAGGUCGCCGCCAUGAUGCUCAUGCGCAACACCCUGGACGACUACCCCAGCAAGAGCAGCGACGAGAGCAUGGUCCCUCGUGUGUACGGCUGGAGCCCGUCGUUGGCGGCGGGCCGCAGCUGGAUCGUGCAGGAGUUCAAGCGCGGCGCGCAGCUCGACAGCGUGUUCGACGGGCUCGACGCAGACGCGCAGCAGGACGAAGAGGGGGGCAUCGCGCAAAAGGUCAGGGACAACUCGGUUCCGCGGCAGACGCUGGUCUAUGGCGACUCUGACAUGUUCAAUAUGCUGCACGACGCGGCGGCGAACCGCACCACGGCGCUGCUCGACUACGACUUCGCGCACGUCGCCACUCCCGCCGACGAGUACUUUUACUCGCUGGGCUUCGGCUUUUUGGUGAUUGGGCCGCUCGAGGACGACGCCGACGAGAACCAGCUGCGCAAGUGUCUCCUCGAGGGGUUCAAGGGCAACGCGCCGCCCUCCGUCCACGACGGCGAAAACCCCAAAACAGGAGGAGGAUUCAGCUGGGCCGUGGCCAAGGCCAUGGACGAGGCGCUCGCUGGCACCGGGGUCCUCCGGCCGGCCGACAUCGCGGGCUGCGGCGAGCUGGCCGCGCUGAAGUAG